AGUCUUUUUUGCAUUGCUUUGGCACCAAAACCCAAACAGGUAGCGAUAGAAAUGGAGUACACGAGGAAGGAGUACCAUGCCAGUAAUGAAGGCAAACAUAAUCACCAGGUUUAUGAUUCAACGAUGGAGGCAAAGCCUAAGUUCGUCGAAAAUGUUUAUAUGGCAUCCAGGGGCUUUCAGGCACCCAUGCCAGAGGCUCAGAAGAAGGUGAAAGUGGUGUUUCAUGAGCAUGCUGUUGAAUAUGCUGAGAAGGAUAACCGCAAAUUCUAUGAAGAAGAAGACGUUAAUGAUGAAGCUGAGGAGUUCAUUGAGCUUAAGCACAAAAAGUUUGAAAUGAGCAAGUGGACGUCCACGAAGUAUUGAUACAGUAGUACUCCAUGACUACGACACGAACCUAGCUAAAUAACCGUGUAUAGUUUUUUAUUCCAAUAACACCUAUGUGAACCAGUAAUGCAUGAGUUAUUAUGCAAUGCCAUACAAUAAGUUUCUUGUCAUUUUUGCAGAUUGGGUAUUUUGUGUUUCUUCCUCUUCCUGUUAAACAAAGAUUUGUCCUUAAAAAUACAGUCCAAUGCCCUAGACCCCGUUAAUAUGGGAUCUAAAGAGGUUUAAUUGUACACA